AUGCCUGAGCACGCAGCCGCCUCCAGGCUGUGGUUCUCGGGGCUGUGCUUCCUCCUGCAGAUCCUCCUCAUCCUCCUGUUCGCGGUGUUGGCGCGCUACAGCCCCGAGGGCAGCCCCGGGCCGUGCCCCCCUCAGCUGAACUGCAGCCAGAGGAGCCAGGACCCGAAUUUCCUGCAGCCCCGGUUCCAGGAUGUCCACGUCCAGCUGCUCCUCAGCUUUGGGCUGCUCGUGGCCUUCCUCAGCCGCUAUGGGCCGGGCAGUGCUGCCAUCAUCAUCCUCAUCACAGCCUUCUCCAUCCAGUGGGCUGUCCUCAUGCAGGGCAUGCUUUUCUUCUUCCUCAGCAGCAAGAUUUCCGUGGGAGCUCAGAGCAUGGUCAGUGCUGAUUUCUGCACCGCAGCUGUUCUGAUCUCCACUGGAGCUGUUCUGGGCAGGGUGAGCCCUGUGCAGAUGCUGCUGCUGGCCCUGCUGGAAGUGACCCUGUGCACCCUCAAUGAAUUCAUCCUGCUCAGUCUCAUGGGGGUGAGCGACAGUGGAGGCUCCUUGACCGUGCACACCUUUGGUGCUUAUUUUGGCCUGAUGGUUUCACGGGUCCUGUACCAGCCCCAUAAGGACAAGAGGAGGAGGGAAGAGCAGCAGGAUAAGGGGCACCACAAGGAUGUUUUUGCUGUGGUUGGAACCAUCUACCUGUGGAUCUUCUGGCCCAGCUUCACCUCCACCACCACUGUCCACCACGAUGGAGAGAACUGGGCAGUGCUCAACUCCUACUUCUCACUGGUGGCAAGCACCGUGUCCACCUUCAUCCUCUCUCCUGUGCUCUAUGAGGAGAGCACCCCAAGGAUGGUUCAGCUCCAGGAUGCCACCCUGGCUGCCAUGGCCGUGAUGGGCAUGGCUGGGGAGAUGCUGCUCACCCCCUUUGGUGCCCUCAUCGCAGGGUUUCUGGUUGGCCUCAUCACCCCCCUUGGCUUCAGAUUCUUCACGCCUGUUCUGCACUCCAAGCUGAAAAUCCAGGACACGUGUGGGGUGCACAACACCCACGGGCUGCCCGGGGUGCUGGGGGCCCUGCUGGGGACGCUGCUGACGCUGCUGGCCACCGCUGACACUUUUGGUUACAGGCUGGAGCUGGUGUUCCCACUGGUGGCCCAGGGCAGCCGGACAGUCACUGACCAAGCAUUCAUGCAGCUCAGUGCCCUGCCCCUCACCCUGCUGCUUGCCACGCUCGGGGGCUGGAUCACGGGAACCAUCCUGAAAAUCAAGGUGCCGAGGUGCUGCGCGGACACCCAGUACAAGGAGAGCCCCGGCUUGCAGGAGGUGCCUGAGGAAGGAUCUGAGCCCAGUGCCAGUGGAAAGGAGGAGCUGGGCAUCAGCACCUUGGUGUAACAACCCCAGAACCUCUCUGUGGGGUGUGCCAUGGCCAGUGCCAGUUGGUUCUGGCAGCCUGAACCUCCCAACAGGAGCCAGCCAAACGUUUUUGGGAGCAGCUGGGUGUCCCCAGGCCUCUGCAGGGUGAAGAGGAGCUGCAGGAUCCCUGUGUUUGCUCAGGGUGUCCAGGCUUGGCUCAGCCACGUCCCCUCCCUGCUCCUUGCCUCAGUUUCCCCAUCAGCUGCUCUCUGGAGGGAGGCAAUGGGGAGAGGAAGGAUGGCUGUGGUGGGGAGUGGGCCCAGGAGGCUGAACAGAAAGCAGCAAAGACUUUGUACAGAUAUUUUUGUGCACAUAGCAAUUAAAAUAUAUGGAUUUUUUGGUAGCUU